AAGGAAAAGCGUAUAAAAAGAGCGAAAGAAAGAGAGAGAGAGUAAGAUUCUCUUUGUGUAGCGGAAUUGAGUCGCAUUAACGUAAAUAUAAACGAUUGCCAGAAGUAAACAGAAGCAGCAGCAGCAGCAACAACAAUAAGAGGCAAAAACAAUAAGCAGAGCAAUAAAUCGAGUGCAACAGCGCCAAGAGUUUUCUUUGUUCUUGGUGGGCAAUGGGCAAUGCCGAGUCUACGGCGCAGCAGCUAGCACAUGAAUCACCUACAGAUGAAGGCGUUAAUGUGGGCGUGGCAGCUGCAGUUGAUGAUGAGCCUUGGUGGCAGCAGAUUGAGCAUGAGAAUUUAAUUUUGGAGCCAGUUAAAGUCGAGCAGCCGGCUAGAGUGGACAUGGAGCAGCAGUCCAGAGAAGAGGAAGAGGAGCAGCAGCAGGAGCAGCGCCCGAGCCAGCAGGAGCAGCAAACGCUAAACGAAUUCAAGGAGCAGCUGGCAAGCAAACGUUUGGCGCGUCAGGAAGCUGUGCAGGAUUUGCGUGAGGAGCUGGCCAAGCUACGCGAGGAGUUAACACAAGAGCGUGCAGAGAAUCAGCGACUAAGAGCAGCAACAACAGCAACCACAGAGCUGGUGGCGAUAGACGAGCAGCUGCAGCCGGAUGCCGAUGAUGAGAAUCCCAGCAGUCGUAGUCGUCAUGCCAACAUUGAGCUGGCAAAUGCACAACUCUCACUGCAAUUGGCCAAUGCGGAUAACUUAACGCUGCGUGGCGAAGUUGCUGCAGUGCAGCGUCAGGUGGGCACGCUCAAGGAAGUCAUCUCCUGCUGCAAGCAAAUGCUGAGCGUUAAAGAGGAGCAAUGUGCGCAGCUCAAGAUGAAAUUGCAGGAGAUUGAGAAUUCCUUUAGCGAGCGUGAAAUGAAAAUAAUGUCAAAUAAUUUGCGUCAGGAAUAUGAACGCCAGCUGGUCAACAUACGUCAAUUGCGUCAACUCUACGAGGAGCGUCAACGUGUUGCUGCUGCUGAAUAUGAAAAUCUGCAACGUUUGAUUUCGAUAAAGCGAGAUGAGCUUACAGCUGAGCAAGAGAAAACAAAAAGCUUGGAGGAACGCAAUCAAACGCUGCUGCAGGAACUGGAAACAGCCAACGCUGAGCUGGCGAAGCUACGUGAGGAAUGCGGUGAGCUUAAGUAUGAGAAGAGAACGCUCAAGGAGCAAGUGGGUGCAGUCAAUAUGCUCUUCAGUCAGCUAGUGCUGGGCUUCAAUGUCAACAAUAAUCUGAACAUAGAUCGUCUGACGCAAAUGCUGGAAGAGAAUCGUGAUCUGUUGAAUGAAAUGACGCAGGCGGAGGGCAGCUGCAGUGAUGGCGCCACCUUGCCCAAGCUGCUGUUUGAGCUGGUAGAGCAAGCGUCCAGCUCAGCGGAUCAGCAGCAGCUGGAGCCAAGUGUGGACAGCACUGACUCAGCGGUUGCAUUAAAAAGCCAUGAGCCAGAAAUUAUGGGAAAAGUUGCAAUGGCACAAGAAAUCAUUGGCAACUUGCCAAAAGUUUGGAAAGUGUUGAUGGAGCUCUUGAGUCACCACAAAAUCGAGCGUGUGCAGUUUGAAGAGCCAACAACACAAACUAGCGACAGCAGCAACACCCAGACUGCAACAGCAACAGCAGCAACAACAGCAGCAGCAACCACAGCAGGCAAAGCUGCUGAGCUGAGUGUAAGCAAGACCUACAUCAAGUUGAAGGAUCUAAUACUGGAAAAGAAAUCGCUGGUAAAGGAAACGAAUCGCCUGAAGACGCUCAACUGCCAUUUGGACUAUCGCCUGAACGAACAGGAGAAGCGCUUGAGUGCUGUAAGCCUGGAGCUAACCAAGACUUGGCAUUUGGUGGGCAAGAUGCAGCGCCAGCAUCGCCAGCUGCACACGCAGGAGCAGAUUUUACGCUAUCAGCUGCAGCAGAAGCGACGACUGCUUUGCGAGCUGAAGGAUGAGUUGGACUACUGUCGUCGCAAGUGGGCGCUGGCGCGUGCCAAGAACGAUGAGAGUCAGGAGCUGUGCAACGAUUGGCGACGUGAGUUUGCGCGACGCAAGCUGGAGGAUGCGCAUCAGUCGGCGGAAAGCGGCUACAGCGAUUCGGGCCCGCAGUCGGAUGAGGAUGCAGCAGUUGCCAAUGGCGUGCCUGAGGUGGAGUCUCAUGGCAGGCGCAAGCAUCUGCGAGAUCAGUUCGAGCAUACGCGCAAGAUCAAGCGCAUGCAGAGCAGCUCGCCGGGCAGAGCAGCAGUUGAAGCAGCAGCUGCUGAUGAGGCGGAGGUUAUAGUGUUGAGAUGGAAUAGCGCGCCGCCUACUUGUGGCUGGCGUGAAGAGGAGCAGCAAGUGGAGGAAGUGGAGCAGCAGCUGGAGGAGGAGACGGGCGCGGCGGCCGCUGUGCCGCACAGCUCACGCAGCAGACAGCGCGCAAGCGAGGAGCUGGCCACAGGCACUGCCAGUCGCAUACAAAAACUGGAGCAGCAAUGCAAGUCGUUGAUACAACAAGUGCUAGAAACCUCUGGGAAUCGUGAGCGUCUGGAAAUACAGCUGUGUCGCUUUCAGGAUGAAGUGGCGCCCGUGCAACAUGCAGUGCCGCUGGAUGAGUUUAUCAAUCGCAAGCGCUUGGAGCGCAUGACGCGUGCCAGCUCAGCGCCUGCUACGGGCAGCUUGACGCCACGUGAGGAGGAGUAUACACGCAAGCGUUCGGAGCGCUUGGGUAGACUUGAGGAGGAGUCGCGCCAGCUGCUGUCGCGCAUUAAGCGCACUACAGAUCGCGGUCAUUACCUAAAAAAGAGCUUGGAUAGAAUCAGACGCGCGCCCAGUCGCGAGGGCAGUGCAGAGAGCAAUACAGAGGAGGAACAGAAGCAGAGCGUGGAGCAGGCAGCGUCAUCCAGCUCGCCACUGACAGCACAGGAAGAAGCAUACACAGCUCAGCGUGCUGCGCGUCUACAGCGUCUGGAGCAGGAGGGACAGCAAUUGUUGCAGCAGCUUGGCAGCCAAUCCGAACGUGCUGCUGGCUUGGCCAAUAAGCUGGAUGUGCUGCAUGAGCAGCAGCUGGCGCGUGUGCCACAAACUGUUGAGCAGCGUCUCGAAAAUAUUGAACGCAGCUCAGAGCAGCGCGGCGAGCGUUUGCGUCGCCUCGAGGCAGAGGGCAAUGCUUUGAUAGCGCGUCUUAGCCACACCUCGGAGCGUGGCACGGCCAUGAUCAAUCGCAUAGCUGAACGUGAAGCCAACAGACGAAUUGAAACAGAAACAGCAACGGCAACGGCAAUGGAAACAGCAACGGAAAUGGCAGCCAGCACUAGUGUUGUUGCUGCUCAGCUGCAGUUAGCAGCAGCAGUUGGCACAGCUGCCAUCUUGCCACAUGCCACAGGCGCCAUACCCAAGCAGUCAGUCAGUCAGCCCAAGGCGCAACUCUGCGCUGCAGUGCGGCAUGAGGAUGCAAGCAAAAAACGCACCACAAACAAACAAACAACAGCCACAACCAGCACAGAGCAAACAGAGCAGCCAGCAGCGGAGGCGCCAACAGCAACAGCAACAGCUGCAAUUACUGCUGAGCCCGAAUCCUUGGAGCUUAUGGUGCAGCGCUUGCGUGAAUUGCCUUAUCCAGCGCCAGCUGAAGAUACUGCAGAGCAUCCAGCUGAACCUUCUUCUUCUUCUUCCUAAGCAACGACUCGUCAUCAUCACGCUCAAAUGUUCAUUAGUUUUUAUUACCAAUUAAGCUCAAGCUGCUUCUAUACACAGAGAUAUUUAUAUUUAUAUAUAUAU